GACCCUGUCUAUCAGACAAAGACUGCUGUAAGUUGCGUUGUUUGCCUCGUCUACGUCAAGCGUGGAGUUACUGCCCCAAGCUUCUUCACUCUCGACCUGUUGCCAAUACGAUCCGUCAACUAACAAAUCCCUAGGCUCUUCCGCAGAAGUUUCACGAGUAUCGGACUGUUCGUGGCGAUGGUCACUGUGGCUGGAGAGGUAAUCACUUCCUGACCAAUGCUGCUGCUGCAGUCUCGUGAACAUGGGCUGAUCAUCCUGCUUACAGCCGUGGCCUUCACCUACUUCGAGACCCUCCAACGCCUUGGAGACUUGGGCAAGUUUGAUGAGGAACUCGCAAGAAUAAGCUCCAUGCGCAACCUGCUCGAGCAUUCUGGCUACGAUAGGUAUAUGUGGGAGGACUUUGAGGCAGAGACACUUGAAUGCCUCCAACGCACACGUGAUGCCGUCUCCACCAAUGACGAUGGACUUGCUCUCUUGAAUACCUUCAACGAUGAAAGCAUGUCCAUGAGCAUCAUCACACAUCUCAAGCUUCUCGCAAGUUCGUGGAUGAAGACGCAUGUUGCUGACUUCGAGCCUUAUCUGGACAACAUGACAGUUCCAGAAUACUGUUCAAAUCAUCUCGACCCAGUUCAGAGCGAAAUGGACGAUAUGAGCCUCAAUGCUCUCUACUCCAUCCUGGUCAAGCCUGCUGGUAUUAACUUGGAGGUCAUGUACCUUGAUCGCUCCAUUGGCUCAGAGAUCAACACACAUCGCUUCGAGGUCGACGGCGACGUUAGCGGUCCCGUGAUACACCUCUUAUACAGACCUGGUCACUACGAUAUUCUAUAUAGAAUUCCUCCUCAGCAUGGAGUUUCUCAGGCGCCGCUUGUGCCUCAGUCAGACGUCUACGUUGGCUUGAUGAGUCGGCAUGAUCAGUUCAUCCCCAGACACCAAGGUGGGCCCGAUGUGCUCACAUUACUUCCUGGCAUGAGUGGACCGAGCUAUAUGCAAGGCGGAUGUUGGGGCCAGAAUGUCGAUUUCACACCAUCUCCAGUGUCUGCAAUUCCCGGUAGCUAUAUGCAGCCAUUGCCAUCAUACAAUGCUCCACCUCCAACCCCCUCGACGCCAUCUGUUCCACAUGCACAAGACUAUGCAUUGCCACCGAUAUCUGCGGCUGGUCUUCAAUCUUCCAUGGAGCUCCCCUUGAGAGGCAACAUGAGUAAUGGGGGUCCGUUUCGUCCGUCGAUGUACACCUUCGAUGGCAUGUUUGGAGGCAUGCCACCGCCAACAUCAACAUGUCAGACCUCCAUAUUUCGCAACUCACACUUCAACACUGCGCAUUACCUGAAUCCAGAAUUUGAGCCAGAGCAAUGGGAUCCUUCUCAAGAAUAUGCUACAACCAACAGCCAUCGAGUCAAGCAAAAGCCAUAGCACAUGGUGUGAAUAUCUUGGUCUUGCCAUUUCACGCUAGAGCCAACAACAUACACCCUCUGUUUGAGCAGCACGUUCUCGCCUAUUCUCAACAGG